GCAACAAGAUUUCAAAUGCAAUAGGCCUACUUUAUUAUGGCGUCUAGUAUCACCCCCGAUAUUUUGUCCUAUUCUGAGCAAAAAGGGCAUGAUGAGCCCGCUGAAGAAUCAGGAGAGAGUAGCCAAGGCAGUGAACAUCGUGUUAAAGGAGAGCCCAUAAGGCCAAUACCACGAAGAGCCUCGGCAUGGCGUGCUAUGAAUGCCGAGGAUCUGGGAAUUUUCUGGUGUAGAGAAAUGUAUGGAUACGAUGAAAUAUUCGAAAAAGCCCGUGUUCAGCAUGUUGAUGAUGGAUGUGGCAUUGCCGGUUGGGAAAACCUGGACAAGUUGGUCUCCCUCUACUCAAAAUACAUGGAUAACGUUUUUCGUUGCUCGCCAGCUGAAAUUAAGGAAGUAAACUUGAUUAUGACACGUUCUGAAUGCGCGAAAGAAGCUGAUCUGAUGCUGGUUCGUGAUGUUUGUGAUAAACUGAAAGAAAAUAUCAGCCGGCUUACUCUUCCUGAAACUUCGAGGAUAUGUGCAACACAGAUGAUGAUGGCUCAACCAUCGCCUUCGACAGAUUUCAAUGCCUGUAAACUCUUCGUAAACACUCGUUUAAAUCCAGGUACACUUAUAUUUUUGCAACGAUUUGAAUCCAUGCUGCUGCGCUUCCUCAAGGGCAAGAAACCAUCGGAAAUAAAUUACCAAACACUAUUUGCAGAAUUUGCUAGUAUCUUUAUCAUAACCUUCUGUCCUGGAGAUAUGCAGCAAAUGGAUAUAUUUGGGAAAAAAGUGACCUCGACACCAGAUCUUCGCUAUGUUAAAUGCAAGGAUCAAGAUGUUUUAGUGGCGACAAUAGCUGAGGCCAGUCCAGACCAACUCAAAAAUAUGACAUGGAUGAGGUGUGCUGCAACCUCGUAUCAUCAAGGAUUCUCAUGCCCUGAAAAAUGA